AACACGAACACAUGUAGGUGAGUCCCAAAUAAUCAGUCCAUGAGGAUUAACUCAAACACCUGAGUACAAACAACAGGGAAGAGGAGACCAAUGGUUCAGAUUAGAAAAACUCGACUUUAGAUCAGGAGAGAGUCCACGGAUCAACCUGUUUUCAGACGACUGCUUAAAUAUUGAACCAUAUUCAAUGACUUAGCUGUUCGAUCAGAUGUCGUCUGUCUUAUAACGAAAUAUUUAACUAACGUUAUCGGAGAAAGUUGAUUUUCUGUCCCUGUCCUUUAAAAACCUCUAGAUUUCAGAACAGCUGUCCAAAGAAAACUGUCACCACUUUGAGUAAAAUGCAGGAAUAAUAACAAUCUAGUAUCUACACACACUCUCUCACUCUCUGUGAGGGUAAAGCUGCUGGUUUCCUGUCAAUGAAGGAAGGAGGAGCAACACCGCCCAUGUGAUCCAGCUCAGUGACGACAGGUAGGAGACCUGUGUCAGUCGGAGUGUUUGGAGUCAACAGACGAAGAGGUGAGUGUUGGUCCAGCAUUUUUGAGCUCAUGUCUUCAGCCUUUAUAUCGUCUCUCUGUACCACCACAGAGAGAGGUUCAAGUCCACAGCUGGACUCACACAGGGCUGCAGGAGGUCUCCCUGCUGUGAUUCUGUCUGUGUCAGGCUGUCUCCUGCUCUCUCAGUCUGAGGCAGGAUCGUAGAGCGAACUGGUUUUUCCUGAUCCUUCUGUCCUGGACUCACUCUCACAGUGAGUGUUUAUGUUUUGUCCCUCAGGCUGAAGAUGAGUGGCUGUUUAGAGGAAGAAGAGGACGGUGCUGGGUAAGGACUUCUUUUCUGUUUGAUUAAAGGGAUAUUCCACCGUACUUUAAUUUAGGGUCAAACCCACCGUAACACCGAGUUAGACCCCCCCUCCAGAGAUGAAUGUUGUCGACCGCUUGCUUCUCUAGUUAUACCAACUUUAGUAACGACCGCAGGAUAGAAAUACAGAGAGCCACGCCCCCAACCAAAACGCCACUCUAUAGCCACAAAUAAUGCUCAGAACAGCACCUAACUUCAUCAACAGGACAUAUAGGGUCACAGACAUAGUACUAGACACCAAACAUCUUUUUAACUUUAGCAGAGAGACUAAACACAACUCACCUACUCUCUUCCAGCAGCCGCUUGUUUGUAGAGAGACCUCAGGCCAGUCCAUUACAGACUACAGCGGGGUGCCGCAGCUCAAGGAAGAACAUUUAUGAUCAUUACUUCAUGGAAAUACAAUCAGACCGAGACGCUAAGACAGAAGAACUACAGCGUCUGUAAAAUGAUUAAUAUGGUGAUUAUUACUUCAAGGAAAUGAUAAAGAAAUGAUCAUAAAUGUUCUUCCUUGAGCUGUGUCACCCCGCUGUAGUCUGUAAUAUUACCCUAAAUUAAUUUUACGCUGGAAUAUCCCUUUAACGUCUUCACUGUACAUUAUCAUGAGCUGAAACCUCCUCAUGGGUGCGUCUACACGGACUGAAGUUUUCGGUUAUGAGUCCCAUCCUGGUUUUGAUCGUACUCAGGAUAUAACCUUCAAAUACACAUAGAGAACCUGGUUAUCCAUAUUCCUGUGCUGACAAUACUAUGCUUGGCACUUGGCCGUAAAUCAGUUUUACUAAACUAUAAAAGACACAGGGUGAUGGCUCUGUUUGUUCUUGUUUGGGUGUUGUGAUGAUAAACUGUGGAGUGUGUUGAAGAAGCCUGAUUUUCCUGAUGCUGAAGCCUCUAAUUACAGAGAGAGUCUAUCAGGACAUGCAGUGAAAGAGCAGGUCUACAGAUCACACUGUUAAUAUCCAGAACAGACCAAUCAGAGUGAUGUCUGCUCAUCGCCUCAACAUCAAACUUACAAACUAAAACAGGAUAUUGUAGUUUUGAAUUGUGAGUCUACAGCAGAUGGUGCUCCUCUUCAGUCCUCUACUCUCCAGUUAGUCUUCUCCAUCAUUAUUGGAUUGCUGACCCAAACCUGAUCAUGGAGGCAGUAGGAACAUGGAACUCAAACAGCUCAUCAAAAUAAAGACCCAAAGCAAAUAAUAACUUUUUAUUUUUAAUAAUAACUUCAUUUUUAUGUCACUUUUAAAAACAAAAGUUGACAAAGUGCUCUCAUUCACCGGCUGCUUGACUGGCAAUGCUGUUUCUUUUUAAUUCUCUUUAAUUUGUUUCUUCGUUUCUCACUUCAGAAUCACUCGAGAUUCGGCUCAGUACGUUCACUAAAAAGAUUCGGUUCUUUUGAACGAAUCGUUCACGAGCGACACAACACUACCCCAGGCCACUAGGGAGCCCCCAAGGGCUGACGAACCUUACUCCACAAAAAUGUCCUGAAAUUAAACAACUAGUGGUCAAAUUGCAGUGACAGCUUAGACGGAUACCCCCCUAAAGGGGCCCCAUGUCAUCCCUGCCGCACUGCUAUGUGACCAACGUCCAUCUUUACUGAAGUGUGUCAAUCAAAGUAACUUAAAUCAGCCGUUAAGUGGAGCGACUUAUCAGGAGAAAAGAGAGAAAGAGAAAGAAAUAAGGAGAAAACAAGACGGCGGUAAGUGGAGCUGAUAGCAAAGUUUGACAAACUCUUUAACUUUAGAUGUAAGGUUUGGUGUAAGGUCUGUUAAAUGUUUGGUAGCUAGUUAGCCGUGUUAGCAGAGCGGGAGACGUUAGCCUGAGUUUUUCCCGCCUCGUUGACUCGCUGUUACCGUGAGUUCUCCUCCUCGUCCUCUCCCUGUUCUCCUCUCUCUUCCUCCUCGUCCUCUCCCUGUUCUCCACUCCCCUCCUUCUGCUCCGCUCCACUCUUUUACUUUUUAUCAUCAUAGGGAACCAUACUCAAAAUUUUGUAUUUUAGGAUGGCAUUGCACAGACUUGGAGGCAAGUUCCAUGUUUUGUUUAAUGCUAAAGACUCAAAUUGUGGUGUAAUAAAAGGAGUCCACUUAUUGGAUUGUACAAGAGAAGCCAAAACUGAUCUAGUAUGCAUUCUCUUGUCAGGGAGGGUGACAGCAGCUCCUCUGGGAUCAGCUGUACUUCUCUGGCGUCAGCUUUGAUGUCCAACCCCUCCCAUCUGAGAGAAUUGGACCUGAUACAAAACAAGGUACAGGAAUCAGAAGUGAAGCUGCUGUGUGGUCUUCUGAUGAAUCCAAAAUGCAGACUGAAGACUCUGAGGUAAGCCCCCUCCCCCCCAAAUAAUUAUAUGUUGAAUUAUAGACCAAUCCCAUGAACAACCAGAAGUUAACAAGCUGCCUUAGCUGUGGUGGUGUCAACGCAAAACAUCUGCACAUUUUAAUAGAGGCACUUGUAAAAGUUAUCGACUUUUUACUUCUACCUUUAAAUGAUCGUGUAGGUGCCUUAUGGUAAAACUGGCUGAAUUUCUUGUUGCUUUGUUCCGUAUGACAAACUUCAGCUUUGUUAGUGUGCACAACAAAUAAGUGUUACCUUCACCAAAAGACCUUCUGUGUUAAAAUCAACAUGUCACAGAGAUCAACUGGCCACAGACAGAAGGAUCAAGAAUUUAAUGAUUAUUAAUAAUUUAACCUCACUUUGAUUGACCAGUUGAUUGUGUUCUGAUUUUCCUUGCAAGAUAAUCUCAUUAAUAAUGUUCCUCAUUAAGCUAGUAUGCUCGCCAGUUUCUUGAUUAUAGGUUAUUUUCUACCUGCAUACUGACGAGUUUGGGUGUUUGGGUCUUCAAGCUUUCUAGUUUUACUUUGAAAGAAUUAACCUCAACACCAAAUAGAAACACUGAAUGUUUUAGACAAACAGAGAUGAACAGUUUCAUCUUAUUUUUCAGAUUAAUUCACUGCAGAUUGUCAGAGAGUGACUUUCUUUCCCUGGCCUCAGCUCUGAAGUCCAACCCAUCCCAUCUAAGAGGUCUGGACCUGAGUGUGAACAGGCUGCAUGAUUCAGGAGUGAAGCUGCUGUCGGAUUUUCUAGAGGGCCCAAACUGCAAACUGAAGUCUUUGAGGUCAGACUCUAAAUUAAUUCAGAAGUUAAAUGAUGAAAAGUUUACUUUUGUGCCGUUUCUAUGGCAGCAAUCUGCUUGAUGUGUUGUUGUCAAUAAGGUGCAUUAAUUCUGUUGUAAGCUUUGGUCUAAUCGUGGCUACAAGUUGUUUUUUUUAAUGUUUUUUAACUUCAAAUUUGGUCCUUUGUCUCUUUAAUUUGUAAUAAUUAUCUGUCUUUCUUGAUUUAUAAAAAAAAAAAAGAUUCUCAAUAUUUUAACAAUUUAUUACCUAACAAUGCAGAACGGUACGAUUGUAACAUCAGGCUUCCACUUUGCCCAUCCCUCGAUUACUUAAGACUCCCUACAUUUUCACUUAUGCUGGGUAGCUGUUAUUUAUCUUAGCUAAUCACAUCAUUUAUAGCUAGGAUUAAAAUUUUGUGACAAUUAAGUUUAAAGUUGGGAUAUCUUUUAUUUAUUUUUCACAGUAAAAAUAGAUAUGACAAAUUCAAAAAUAUUGUUCUGAGUGUGAUAAUUGGUGAGCUUCAAAAACUCACUGUACUAUUUUUUGAAGGUUUCAGAUUUUAAUAACAGAAAAGUCCAUAUUACUCCUCAAGUGUGCAACUUUCAAAAGGCACCCUUUAAAUAAGUUUGGAUAUUUUAAGUGUUGUUUUGUAAUAUACUAUCUUUCAUCUCUACAAUAAUAUUUUUACAUCGAGGUUUCAAGCCAUUUUUCCCAAAAACGUGUUUGUUUUUUGAUUUUCAGGUUGAAGGGUUGCACAUUGUCAGUGACUAGCUGUAGUUUUUUGGCCUUGGCUUUAAAGUCAAACUCCUCCCACCUGAGAGAGCUGGACUUGAGUGAUAACAGCCUGCAGGAUUCAGCAGUGGAGCUGCUGUGUGAUUUUUUCAAGAGUCCAGAGUGCAGAAUGGACACUCUGAGGUCAGACUCCCUAUGUACUUAUGAAAAUUAGUAAACCCUAAUUUAAAGAGAUCCUUUUCUAAAAUUAGUAUUUUAAGUUAUCAUUAGAGUGUAGAAGAAUAAGACACACUUCUAGAGGAACUUAAUUUCUUUUCUUUCAGAUUGAGUGGCUGCAGUCUCUCGGGCACCAGCUGUGCUUCUCUGGCCUCAGCUCUGAUGUCCAACCCCUCCCAUCUGAGAGAGCUGGACCUGAGCAACAACAAAAUGUGUGACACAGAAGUGAAGCUGUCGUGGUUUUCAAACGCCAAAGUUGAUUAUUCGAGGUCAGACUGAAUGAAUUUAUGUAACAUACAAAGAUGGGCUAUGGUUUCUAUACCUUUUCUGUUACGUAGACACUAAAUUCUUCAAAUCUCAAUUUGAUAAGAAAACUCCUUUAUACUUAAUUGAACAGGAUGUAGAAAUGAAUAUUGUUCAAGGAAAUCUAAUUUUUAACCUUUUUCUCUGUGCAUCCUGUAGAAUUAGGGAGUGUGCACUUUUCAUUUUUCUUUUUUGCAGUCUUGAUAUACUAAAGCUCUCGAUAGACCAUUACACUCACAGACUAAUAUUUUAAGUCAAAUUACCUGAAGGAUAAUGAGCAAUCUUAUUUUGCAGAUCUGACAGAAUGAAGCUGCUGUGUGAUUUUCUGAAGAGCCCAGACUGCAGGCUGCAGACUCUUAGGUCAGACUUAACUGUAUUUAAAGCUGAUCAAGAGGAAAUGUUUUGUUUUACAAUGUCAUUUUCAGAGGCAGAGAAUUAAUGUGCUUAUUAUUAAUGUGCUUUAGUUUGAAAAUUUUAAAACUAAACUCCUCAAAGUACAAAUGUCAUGUCUUUUUCAGAUUGAGUGGUUGUGGUUUAUCAGGAAUCAGCUGUUCUUCUCUGGCCUCAGCUCUGAUGUCCAACCUCUCCCAUCUGAGAGAGCUGGACCUGAGUAUCAACAAACUGCAGGAUUCAGGAGUGAAGCAGCUGUCGGAUAUUUUGAAGAGUCCAAACUGCAGACUAAAAGCUCUGAGGUCAGACUACAAUGCUGGUGUUUCUGUGUCUUAAAUGUGCAGACCCAUUUUAGCAAAACUCCAAAAAAGACAAUAUUCAAUCAAAUCUUUCAGACUGGGUGGCUGCGGUUUGUCAGAGAUCAGCUGUCUGGCCUCAGCUCUGCAGUCCAACCCCUCACACCUGAGAGAGCUGGAUCUGAGAGGACACAGGCUGCAGGGUUCAGGAAUGAAGCUGCUGUCUGAUCUUGUGGAAAGUCCAGACUGCAGACUGGAGACUCUGAGGUCAGUGGAGGAUGUUUGAGAAGCUGUUGUUAUUACAGUGUGUUAAACGUAGAUUAAUCUGUUUUUCUACAAGUAGAAGUUCUUGAACCAACCAGACAGAUUUGCUUGUGUAGGUAUAAGGACUGACGGCCUACGACUCUGAGAUUUCUCCACCGCAAAUCAAAUGUGAACACUUUGUUUAUUAACAUGCUCAAUAUAGUGGAGCCACAGUUUUAGCUUCACUUCUACCUUUGUCCCCGUCUAAAAGCACCAGGCAGGUGUUGGUAAAAGUUUGUCCACCUUUGCUACAAAGGGUGGCAGUGUCCCUCUUUCAGCUGAUUCCCAUUUAGCCGUGUCCUGGCCGACCCGUUACAUGCAUCAGAGAGGUGCUGUCAGGUUUUAUGCUGAACACUGAAAACAACAGCAAGCUUCAAUACGAUAUAACACCUUCAUCUUCUCUUGAUGUCCUCAAUGAUGAUCCCCGAGUUUGUCAGAUUACAAGAAAUACUAUCCAGUGUGACUCAAGUCAAACGGUCAAAUAUAAAGUCCAGCUGUAAUUUGACUAAUUUCUGAACAACAUGUGAAGGAACUGAGUGUGUCUGCAGAGCUUGGAUCAGCUGGUGUUUAUUUCCUGAGAUUGUGUUCAUCUUUGUGUGUUUGUGGUUAUCUCUACAGGACUGAUGGGAAGUUGGUUGAAGCUGAAAAACAUUUAAAAUGUGAGUUUUGAAACAGUGGUCUCCACUUAUUCAGCUUCUUUACAGAUAUAUCUGAUUUUAUGAUGAGCAGAAACUCCUCGUUCAGUUUUUCCUUUUCUUCUGUUUCAGCUCUGAAGUUCAAAAACUUCCCCUCUCCAUCCGAUGAUGAGAAUAUCCAGCAGGAUGAGGAUGAUGAUGAUGAUGAUGAUGAGAAAAAGGUGAGAAAAAGCAGCUGAAAGUAUGAAACAAACAUGACCUGACCUUACUUCUUUGAAGUAAAUAUCGACAACAGAUCCUCGUGAUUGUAUGUCAGAAUUAUUAUGGUUUGGUUUCAGCAAGGAUGGACAUUCAGAGUUUUCUCUCUUCUGUCCCACAGGAAGUGACUUCGAUGAUCCAGGACCAGAGCAAGAGAGAAGACCAGAUACCUGAAGGUAAUUCAUCCUUUAGGACCCCAAUAAUUCCCCCUGUAUAGAUGAGAGCAAAGCAUCAGGGUACUGUGCCUUUAAGUGGCAGCCCCGCCCACAUUUAGGGGUAAAGCGCUCCAUCUGAAGUGACUGGCAGUAAAUGUUCGUCUUGGGUUUUUGGCGGAGGUUGAGGAUCAGUUUUACGAAGUUUAUCCCAGAAAAAGUGAAGCCUGUGUCAUGGAGAAACCUCCUGGAUGCACAAAGUCCUGGUCCAGGUCCUGGUUGAAGAGCUGACUCUGAUGCUACCAAGUCUAAUCCCUCCACCCCCCUAAAAAACCACAGAUAAGGAUUUUCUACCUGCUGAACUCAAACCCACGUAUUCACUCAUGGGCUCGGAUGAUUUACUGAACAACAGGAUUAGAAGGAGAGAUCAUUUGAUUGGUUUAUAUUAAAUCUGUCCUUUUUAUGAAGAAAUCAGUUCUUAAAGUCUUUUCUCUGGUUAUUUUCCAGUUUCAACCAGUAAAAUUCAGCCGGCCCAGGUCAGGGUCCCAGCAGAGGAGAAGCUGAGGUUAGCCCGGAAACGGUUUGUGGACAGUGUGUCUGAUCCUGUCCUGGACGAUCUUCUGGAUGUCCUCCUGGAGAAGGAAGUCAUAAAUAAUAAUGAGAUGGAGUCACUCAGGUCAAAAAUCAGAGCAGAUAAAGCCAGAGAUCUGAUCGACGCAGUGCGAGCGAAAGGUACUGAAGCCAGUUCGGUUCUGAUCGCUGCUCUCUGUGAGGUGGAUCGGUACCUUUCUAAAAAACUGGAUUUAGUCUAAAGCAGAGAAACGGUGGGCUGGGGUCUUUAGAGGAACGUUUGUGUUUGUUUUUACUUCAUAACCAGAAUGUUGCUCUGAAAGGUUAGGAAAAGGAUCUGACAGGGACUGGAUCACUGCUGAGCCUCUUUAAAGGAGGCUCUCUGUCAAACACCAGGACUCUGACCCCCGACCUCCACCUUCAUCCUGAUCGUCUCCUAAAAGGUCGUAUCCUCCGAUCGUAGCUGAUCGUAACCAUUCAAGUUAACGUGUCAAUUUACACCGACUUCUUUCUGUUCCUCUGAGGAUCAAAAUCUAAAUCUAACACACUCUUUUGGAAACGUCCCAAGUAAGUCCAGUUGUCCACUGUAGUCGAGCCGGUCUCAUCCUCUCAUAUCUGCUGGUCUUGGACUUUGAGGGACUCUUUCUCAGCAGUCAGAGUCCCUCCUGUCCAAACGCUGACAUUCGCAGACUGUCCUAACUGCUCAGACGUUCAACCUUCACUGAUGUUAGUUUUCAGUAGGUCAGUACAUGAGAGAAAACCAAAAACCUGAGACCUCCAAAGGUCCGCUUCGUUAUGUAAACUCGGUUUAUUUCACCGACUUAACAAAAUAAAAGUCUUUUUUUCUCUUUCAA